AUUUAUCGGUCACUUAAUUAUGUUCACUGCGAUUAUGAGCCAACAAAACCAAUCAGACAAAUAUCUAAACUAUUGGUUUGUAUUAUAUUUGCGAAUCCUAAUGCACUUUUCAUUUAUCAUAAACGGUAUAUCCAAUGGCCGAUGGCUGACCAAACAAGUGUUGGUCACUAAUCAAGUAAAAGGAGGCAACUAUAGCGGUAUAUGGAAACAGUAUGUCGUCACCAGAUUAGCUAACUCACUGCCCUAUCAUUAUUUUGUGCUAUUCCUGUACUAUAUAUUAAUAAAAUAUAUGGCACUCGUCCGAUGGCCGGAUCCCGAUGUCUACGAGGCCUGUAAUGACAAUAUAUGGCUAAAUGUAUUGUUAGUUUCAAAUAUAUUUUCAUCCGACAAAAUGUGUAUACCAUGGAUGUGGAGUAAUAAUACACUAUUUUUGUUUAUUAUAAUUAGUCCAUAUUUUAUUAUACAAUUACACAGGAACAAUAAAUUCGUUUAAAAAUGAAUGGUUUUCUCUAUAAUAUCAAUCCAACUCUAAUUCCUAGUAAUCUUUUAUUUCCAUUAGAUAAUCUAACAAAUCAGUUACAUAUGAAGCCGUGGUAUUACAUUAGCCCGUAUUUUAACGGACUAUUAUUUGGUUAUCUGUGCGAAACCAUUGACAUCAGAAAUACUAUUUAUAAUAAUACCAGUGCUAAACAUAUAAUAAAAACAAUGGCAUUCAUAUUGUCAACAAACAUUAUGAUUGGUUUUAUGGCCGAUUAUCAAAUACUACUAUCACCGGAUACACUAUUGGGUGCCUAUGAAUCAGCUAUGUUUCCCGUAUUAUAUUCAAUAAUUAUAUGCUAUUUAAUGAUUAUUAUAUCACAAAAUAAUGGUUCAAUUAAACAC